CUGUCCUAACAUAGAGGAUCACUUUGAGAACACAAUCAGCUUAAGACGUACACAGCUGCCUGUUGAUCUAGGAGAAGCAUAAAGGAGACUUGCUUCACGUUGAUCCCUUUUUUAAUGCACAAACUCUUUAAAUGCAUUAGAAAGUGCUCCUUUUUUUCUCCUGCAUCCAGUUGCAUGAAAUUCAGAAAACCAGCGUUCCAACAGUAUUUUUACAAGUGUCUUAGCAGGACUCAUCACUGAGCCCUAAUUAUGUUGAAUAAGCUGUGUAAAUAUAAAAUCACCUCUAAUGUAGUUGUGUGCUGUGUGGAAAUGCAUGGGCUUGUCGGGAUUCCAGCAUGGUGCGUUGUUGGAGGUUACUCAGUUCCACACGUGAACAGCCUCAUUACAAACUCAGUGCAAAUCCUACUUGGAGUCUGUGCUUUCAUGUUUAAGCUGAUGAUUCUUUUUCUAGGUUAAUCUUCCUUCUUCCUUCAUCAGGCUUGUAACAUGACCACACAUACUCUAGUGCUGAUACAAGGAGUUUGCAGGAAUGUAUGGCUCGGGUAGAAGCAGGCUCAGGGAAUGGGCUGGGUUGGAAGGGACCCUAGAGAUCAUCUAGUUCCAACCCCCCUGCCGUGGACAUGGGUAACAAGGGAAGUUGAAACUGUUUGUACUAUAAGUUCAGAUUUAUUUUGAAAGUAGCAAUCUCAGAUUUGCUCCUUCAAGUCUUUACUUUCAUGGAAACUUUUCUAGUUUCUGCAUGUUCUGUCUUGAAUGAAUAUUAAAACUGUUACUGAAGAGUCCUCUUGGUUACACCUCCAUCCUGCAUAUUACUUUGAGAUGAACAAUUCAAGCCCAAAAAUUUUAUUUUUGCUGAAACCUAGAAGUUCUUUAAGAAAUGGGAAAUUCAUCUUUGAGUAGUGAGGAACAAAUUACUCUUCUGUGGUAGAGUUUAAUGAUUUUGCCAUACAGGUUAAAUUAAUGAAUUGUCCAUGAUACAAGACCUGGGACAGCAAACUAGAAGUGUCACGAUACAGAGAACACCAGCUCAUAUAAAUGUCAGCUGUACAGACUUGAAAAGCAGAAAGAUAAAUUUGUCAACAGCAAUCUAGUGGCCAUAUGACUGAUAGAUGAGAUGAUGAUGAUCUGCAAUAUGCAGAAGAAACACAGGUUUUAUGUGAUUAAUUGCUUACCACAGGUGGAUGAGGUAUGUGAGGACAUGACUGACGAAGGUUCCUGAGCCUAGACCAAUCACAAAAUGGUACCUGGUCUGGCAUGUGUCAGCCAUGAAAGGCUGUUAGACAACAGAAAAGUGAGGAACGUUCAGGUAUAGCUUUGGAAGUGAUGGGGCUUAUGCUUGAACUCAGCAUAUAACUUUAAUAAUAUUAGUGCUUAAGUCUGUGCCUGAUGCUUGGUAUGAAAUAAUUAAAAAAAAAAAAAAGCAUGAAGGCAAUAAUAAUAACCAAACAAGAUCUCGGUUGUUCAGCUCUUGAUGCUGAAUUAUGUGGACAUGACUGAACACUCCUUGAUCACUGAAUGAUCCUGGGUUUUGCUCUGUUUCUAGAAAUCUACCCUGAAGUGCUGAGCUGAGCUUUGGGAUCUGAGACUGUGGAGAAGUCUGGUCCCAGAAAGAGGCAGGAUGAGAACCAAAUUCUGGAGAGGGCAUCAACUGAGUAGCUGCUCUCAGAUCCCAUUGGUCUCCUGGGACAGCCGAGGAGAGCCAUCACCAUGAUCCCCGCACUGCUGUUGCUGGGUCUUUCAGCCCUUGUGGCUCCAUCCCUGAGUUACAGUUGCUAUGGCGAUAUAAGUGCUCUUCAAGCCCCCACGAUCUCCUGUACACCUGUAAGAGCCUCUGACUGUGGAUAUGCCAUGAUACGGAGGACUGCUGAGGCAGACCUCCCACGCCUGAGGAGAUACGAGAUCCCGAUUAAGAGAGUAGCCAGAAACCUCUGCUUGGACCCAGCGCUCAUCGGUGCCAUCAUGUCCCAGGAGAGCCGUGUCGGCCUGCUCCUGGACAACGGCUGGGACCGGGCAGGGCAGAAGUACGGCCUGAUGCAGAUCAGCAGGCAGCAACUGCAACCUUCUGUGAUGUGGGAUAGUGAAGAACACAUAAAUCAGUGCUCGAAUAUCCUGGUUCUUUCCAUUAAUGAGGUACGGGCAAGACAUCCUACCUGGACCUGGGACCGGCAGCUGAGAGGGGGAAUCUGCACCUACCAUGCAAAAAUGGGCAACCUCCAGGUGUACGAGGCAGACCCGUGCAGCAGAGACUACAACUACGUCAACAGCGUGAUUAGGCGAGCCCAGUACUUUAAGAGAAAUGGGUUCUAGAUUUUAAACCCACCCCCCCCCACGGAGCCUCCCCUCUGCAGACUGGCCCAGCAGCGAUGUAGUACCCACUACAGCCCAGUGCUGUAGUACCCACAGCAGUUCCUCAGGUCUCCUGGCAGGACCAAUGCUGGUGGCAUUGCCAAUGCCACCUUGCUCGCUCCAGCGAAUCCCAACCCCCUGCUCACUGAUGGGCAAGCUCACCACUGACUUCCAGGAGAUCCCCAGGGAUGAGAUCCCACAAGCUCAGGGCAUUUGAAAGGCAGAUGGGGACAGACCUGCAAUGUUUAAAUUUUGAGUGAGGAAGGUGAGUCUUCCUGUUCAAACCUGCACCCCAGGGCUGUUUGUGCAUCUCCCAGACAUGCACACAAACAGCUCUCCCUGGGUAUCAGCUGUGCUCUUCCCCUCUGCAUCCACUUUCUUUCCUCCCCAUGGCCAAUGCAGGGGAUGAAUGCCCUGCACUUUCCUUGCCUUGGUGCUGCUGGUUAAGGAGCAAUGAAGAGACUUCUCAGUGAGCCUUUGGCCUCUGCAGGAGCUGAGUGUUCCUGUCGCCAGCCUUCAGGGGAACAAUACUAAGCAUGCUUUGGUUGGUCUCCUGAGUCCACGGCCAUGGUGCAACUGGGGACCUCAUCAGGGCAUCUAGAUGGAAAAUACUGCAAGUGUCACAGCAGGCAAAAUGCCUUUCCAUCAGUGAGCAGCCCUUGGAGCAGGAGUCAGCCUCAUAUGUACCCAUGCCAGGAGCCAUAUCACAGCAAUAGUUUUGGUAAAAAACCCCACAACCUUUCCUGCUUUAACUUUGGCACAUUUAUGCUGAGUUUCUUCCCAAUUUAAAAGCAUUUCAGCAUCUGUCUCUGUGCCAGGAAUCCCAGUUUCUAAUAGAAGUGAAUGAGCUCUGGUCUGUUUGAAAGUGGAUGGGUCUCUUGGUAUCAAUUUAUUAAUUAGAGAACAACAAUGCGAAUAAGAUAGAAAUAAAGAUAAUGUUAAAUCCCAAUGUUUAUUUUUUUUUCAGUUUCAUGGGGCUCAGUGGGUAGCAAUCUACAGCUUGAGUAAAUAACCCCAUUCAGUACUCUUGGAAGGGGUCUACAACUCCGUUUGAGAGCAGAGAGAGGAUAAUGGUGCUCCAGACUGGAUAGGUCAGAAGAGCUGGGCUUGAGCCUGACUUGGGAACAUGGUAAUAAGAAUGUUCACAUUUAGCCUUUCAAAUAACCAUUUUGGAGGUGUCAGAGUACUUUUCUUGCAGCUGCCACCAUUGCUGAUACCAUUGAUGUUCCUGGCAGUCCUUGCCUGGCGGCGAGGGGCAGUGCUGUGCACGUGCCUGGGCUGCCAGGCAGGGUCAACACAGGCAGCAUGAGAGCUGGCUUGGAGAAGCUUUUGCCAGCAGAGCACUUUUAACACUGUGCCCCUUGUCCUGCCAGUCACUCAUCCGCUUUCCACCAUGGCAAGGACUCUGCAUGAUUAACAUAUGUUACAAGCAAACUAAUUUUAUCACCUCUGGAGUUCUAUGUUGUCUCAAAUAUCAUUGAUUUUUUUUAAGACUACCAUAAACAGUUCAGAGUUGAGCAAUCACAGCUAUUGAUAUUAGUC